AUGCUCGUAAAGGUCUUUGUUGCCGCCAUCACGCUGGUGUCGGCUGUCACCGGCUCCUGCGCCGCACCUCCGCCGGCGCCGACGCUGAGCUUCCUGUACAGCCUCAACCUGACGAACGGGGCCGAGUACGCGAUCGGCGCCACGCCGCAGGGUUUCCGCACCGUGCAGCCGAUCGUAGGCGGCGCCUUUUCCGGCCCCAAGAUGAAAGGCAAUGUCACGACCGGCAUCGACUACGGCGUCGUCGACAGCAACAACACGUUCCACCCCAAGGCCGUCUACGUGCUCGAGACGGUCGAGGGCGACACCAUCCUGGUGACCGAGAGCGGCCGGGCGCCCAACAUCAACGUAAUCUUCGACACGGCCAGCACCAAGUACGGCUGGCUGAACAAGGCGGUCGGCUACGCCACCGGCGGCCUGGUCGACGGGGUGGUAUCGCUGAACGUGUGGCAGAUCACUCCUCCCUCUUAA